CACUCAUCGACGUCAUGACGUUUACCUUGAAGUUGGCUGUUGGUGAAACCGGCACGCUCCUGUCUCUGGACAUGGGAUGACGUCACGUGCACUCAGCUGUGCAGCGGCCAGGCGGACACCAUGAGUGAAGAUGAAGCCCGCCGUGUCUGUGCUGCUGCUGGUCCUGCUGGCUGUGGCAGGGCUGAGCCGUGCCCAGGUCAAGACUUCCCUUCUGGACCUGGCCAACAGCAUAGGGAGCGUCCUGCCCAGUCUGAGCCGCCCGGCCAACUCCAGCCGCAUCUUCUACGGGGUGAUGUUUGAUGCAGGGAGCACAGGGACACGCAUCCACGUCUACACCUUCAUACAGAGUGACUCAGCAGAUCUGCCUGUUUUGGACAAUGAGAUGUUCCAUUCCAUAAAGCCUGGAUUGUCAGCAUAUUCUGACUCACCAGAAAUGGCUGGACACACAGUGAGGAUGUUGCUGAAGGUGGCCAAGAAGACCGUGCCUCGUCUGGAGUGGAAGAGGACCCCGGUGGUCCUCAGGGCCACAGCUGGACUCAGGCUGCUGCCCCCAGAGAAAGCCCAGGCUCUGCUCGCCCAGGUUCAAGAUGCGUUUGACGAAUCUCCAUUUUUAGUCCCGAAUAACAGCGUCAGCAUAAUGAAUGGUACAAAUGAAGGAAUCCUGGCUUGGGUGACAGUGAAUUUUCUCACAGGUCACCUGAAUGCGCAAAUCAAGAACACAGUGGGAAUCUUGGAUUUGGGUGGAGGAUCUACGCAGAUCACUUUCCUGCCAAAAUUGAGGAAAACCAUUGAAAGCGCUCCUGGUCCUGAUUACAUUGCCAGAUUUGACAUGUUCAAUUCAACAUAUGAAUUGUACACUCACAGUUACCUUGGGAACGGGCUGAUGGCAGCACGACUGGCCACAUUGGGGGCUUUGGGUGCAGAAGGGUUGGAGUGGCGGGUUUUCAGGAGCUCCUGCCUGCCUAAGAAAUUCAGGGAUGAAUGGAGCUUUGGAGGGCUCACCUAUCAAGUCAGUGGGAUCCCGGAUGGUUAUGCUGGAUACAAGCUUUGUUAUCAGGAGGUACUUAAGGUUGUGAAGGGGAUUAUCCAUCAGCCGUACGAGCUCAAAGACAGCAACAUUUUCUAUGCAUUCUCCUAUUACUUCGACAGAGCUGUGGAUGCAGGCCUUAUCGAUGGAGCCCAAGGUGGACUGCUGCAGGUCAGAGACUUCAAGAAGCGAGCUAAAGAGGUGUGCAACAAGAUGACCAAGUACCGUCCAGUUAGUCCUUUUUUAUGUAUGGACAUGACCUACAUCACUUGUCUGCUCAAGGAUGGCUUUGGCUUCAAGGAGAACACUAUGCUGCAGUUGACCAAGAAAGUGAACAACGUGGAGGCCAGCUGGGCUUUAGGCGCCACGUUCGACCACUUCCGCAACCUGAAGAUCCACUGAGGAGUGAAUACUGCUGACUUAAGUGCUGCUCAAUAAGAAACGCACAGAGUAUUGUUCACUGCCUUAUCUCAUCACUCAAAAAAUUUGCUGUUUGUUUCAAAAGGUUGUAGCUAACCUCAUGAAUGAUUCUUGUUUUUUAAUUAAUUAUUCUCAAGUGUUAAUAUAUUGAACUGCAAACAAAUACCUAGGGCUGGGCGAUAUGGAUAGAAACAAGUGACAUCUUUCAGUGAAUACCUCAAUAUCGACAUGGUAAGGAUGACUAAUGGUGCCUUAAGAUAUUUACACAAAAGAUUUUUGACAAUCAUUAAUAAUGCAGAUAUUAUGACAGCAGGUAGAAGCAAACUAUAGAACAGCUAUAGCAGCCUAAUAAGUUCAGAAAAUCACACCCUUCAUUGAAAUGUAGCUUUUUAAAAGUAGGAAAACCUGUUUGCUCUCAUAUUGCAAUAUGGAUAUAUCGCCCAGCCCUAAGAGCAGCUUGCACCAGCUGAAACACUGGAACUGUUACCAAUAACAUAUUCUGUCAGUGUAGCUGCCAGCAUUACUGCAUACACAAUUGUUUGACACAAAGAUUUGUUGUGCUGUGCUACAGCCCUGCGUGCCAGAGUGUCCCAUAGUUGACGCUGACGCUGUGAUCAACAUUGGAGCGCAGGCCUGGCCCGUCAGGCUAGUUGUGCUGUGCAAGACAAGUGUGUCCAUGCAGCGGUGUGAUAGGCUGUGCCUUAGCAGUUCUCUUAUUGUCAUGUUUGUGUUAGUAGAGUGUAGAGGGGAAAACAUGUCUGGUAGAUUCCAAAUUGAAUAUAGUUUUGUCAAUUAUUUUGUCAGCCACUGAACUUCUGGGUAAGGAUAAAUGGCACUCGUUUUGCAUGAGGCAACCUCAAACUUGCAUUACACUGGAAAUGCAGGUAACAAUGUGCGGUCAUACUGUCAUAAAAGUUAUUUUUUGUUA